UUUAAAAAGAAAAGCGCUCAUCUUACAGGUAGUUUGAAACGCCACAAAGGAAAAAGACCUGCUUUUAGCUAGCCACACAGUGACCUGGCCUUCACACGGAGAAAAACUAACGCACAAGUUGGACUUUUAGGGAGCCUACGAAGGAUGUGGUUGUAAAAAGAAGUAUCACGACGGCAGCCAGUAACCGAGCUACAUGUACAGAUUCAACAUGCUGCAGGUUGUAUGACUGACAGAUAUGGGGUCAGCGAGAUCAGAUUUGCAGACUUUCACUGUGGUGGCCAUUUCUUGCCUGUUUCUGACCGCUGAGGGUGGAAGGCCGGAGGUGCAAGGAAAGGCUGGAGGUGUGGUGGAGCUGGAGUGCAGUUUUCCAUUAUCAGGCCCGGCUGCUGUGUCCUCAGCGUCCCUGCAUGUGGUGGAAUGGGUUCGACAGGGACUCGACAUCCCUAUUCUGAUCAAAUUUGGAUCCUAUGUGCCUCGUGUCCAUCCACAAUAUGAGGGGCGGGUGUCUCUGGUACGAAUAACCGCCUUGAGGCUGGAGGGCCUGCAGCUGGAUGACCAGGGCUUGUACGAGUGUCGAAUCCUCUUACUGGAUGAGCCUACAGAUGAGCUGCAGAACGGCACUUGGACUCUGCUUUCUGUAACUGCUCCACCGACCUUUAUUGAAGCCCCGCCUCCUGUGUUGGAAGCCCUCGUUGGAGGUCAUCUCCGUCUUCUCUGUGCUGCUGAAGGCAACCCGGCUCCAAACAUCACCUGGAUGAAAGAUGGCACUGUGAUUCAAAGAGCAAAUUAUCAGGAUGGAGCCUUAUCUCUGCGAGCAGUGAGCAUGCAGGCAGCAGGACAGUACGCCUGCCACGCCUCUAACUCGGAGGGAAACGUGACUCGCGUGACGAGAGUGAAGAUCAAAGGUCCACCUGUCAUUAUCGUCCCUCCGAAAAGUACCUCAGUCAAUAUGUCCAAGGAUGCACUCCUCCGCUGUCAGGCUGUGGCUGAUCCCUCCAACAUGACCUACGUAUGGCAGAAAGGUGGAGAAAACGUCUACCACAUAGAGUCUCUGAAGUCCCGAGUAAAGAUCAUGAUAGAUGGAACUUUACUCAUCUCUGGUCUUAUCCCAGAGGACUCCGGGAACUACACCUGCAUGCCCACCAACGGCCUGCUGACCCCACCCACCGCCUCUGCCAUCCUCACCGUGAUGCACCCAGCCCAGGCUCUCAAAAUGCCCCAGAAAACAUACCUUCCCACAGGUAUGGUUGGUGUGGUGACCUGCCCAGCAGCAGCUCAGCCUCCUCUGCUCCGUGUUGAGUGGACCAAAGAUGGGGAACCACUUGACCUCUCCUUGUAUCCAGGAUGGACUGUAACUCCAGAGGGCUCUUUGUCCAUGGCAGCAGUCAAUGACGAUACAGCAGGCGUGUACACUUGUACUCCAUUCAACAGCUACGGCAGCAUGGGAUCAUCAAGGCCAACAACUGUAAUUUUACAGGACCCCCCAUCAUUCAGCGCCACUCCAGAGAAGCAGUACCAGCAGGAAGCUGGUGGGACUCUCCUCAUCCCCUGUCAGGGAAACGAUGACCCCACAGUUAAAGUGACCUGGAGCAAGGUCGACUUGGCUCGCCGGAUAUCCUACUCUAUAGAAUCCAAUGGUUCUCUGCUUCUGCAGCCUCUCACUAAAGACCACCAGGGGAAGUGGGAGUGCAGCGCUUCUAACCGUGUUGCUUCAGUGAAAGCCAGCACACAAGUGUUUGUCCUUGGAACAAGUCCCCAUGCAGCUACCUCUCUGUCUGUCUCUUCAGGGGUGAAGCAGGCCAACAUAUCCUGGGAGGCUGGCUUUGAUGGAGGAUCAGCACAGACAUUUUCAGUUUGGGUGAAGAAGAUUUCAGGACGCGAUAAUAACGGGAAGCGGGAAUGGUUUUCUGUGCCUGUUCCUCCCUCAUCAGGAACCAGGCUGCAGGUGACAGGCCUGUCUCCUGCCACGGACUACCAGUUCAGCAUCCUGUCUCAGAAUAAAAUAGGCUCUGGGCCUUUCAGUGAUAUCAUCACUGCACGGACUUUAGAUCCUCCGCUGAGGAGAAGUAAACUAAAGCCCCCUGGGUCGCUGUCAGCUGAUCAGGGCUCAGCAGGUGUUAUUCUGCAAUGGUCCCUUCCUGAAGCUCAGCAUCCUCCCAUCACAGGCUUUGUACUUCAGUCCCGCACCGAACAAGGGGAGUGGUUUAAUUUGGAUGAGGACAUCAGUGCCAACAGUAGCGAGAUAGUCGUUCCGGGUCUGCACAAGGACUGUGUGUACGAGCUGCGGCUGCUAUCUCGUCGCGGGGACUUGCUGAGCGAGCCCAGUCCAUCAGUCAAUGUCUCCACAGUGGGCAUGAAGGUCUACCCUGCCACAUCCCGACUCCUGGAAUACGUCCCCGAGCCGUUAUUAGCCGGCGUGCUGGGUGGGGUGGGCUUCAUGUUUUUGGCACUGGUGGUACUGCUGGGGUCGGCCUGGAUCAUCAGCUACAAACGGGACCAGCGGCGUAGAAGGAAGAAGCAUGAGCCCCCUCCUGUCAUCCAUAAACGCUCCCCAUCAAUUAAGACUUCAGGCACCGGCAGUCCAGACAGUGUGUUGAAGAAAAGCCUACUUCCAGCCAGCAUCCUCUAUCCCACCACUUCCUCUACCACCACCUCCUCCUCACAGACAGACUGUUCCUCCUUCAGUGCUGAGAAUCAUCAACGACGGAAGCAUCCUCUGUCAAACUACAACAGAGGUCGCCUUAUGAGAACAACUUCAACUCCUGUUUCCCCUUCAAUAGAGUUGAUCUCAAGAGGUCCAGAUGGGCGCUUUGUACUCCCACCAUAUGACACGUUUAGUGUUCGAAGCAAGAAAAACGCAAGGGACAGCCAACUAGUGGGAGUCCGAAGGUCUUUGUCGCUACACUCUGAGAGGGAGGACAGAAAAGAGCCACCGUUUGUACUCUCUGUUGAUCUCCCGCCUUGCAAAUCAGCAGUGGCUAAUUCUGCAAGUCAAAUUUGUGGUAUGGCCCAGCGUGUGCCCGAUUAUAGUCCUUAUAUCUUGAAUCAGAAUGCUCCCACAUCUCCGUCAUAG